AUGGUUUCUAUAUUUCUGAUUCCAUUAUUAACCUUUGUACACGGUCACCAUGCGCUCAACGUUGAGAGAAAAUACAGGUUGGAUUUUUUUUAGAGAAGCUUCAAAUGUAUUGAAAAACCACUUCAGAAUCCGAAAAAACUUCAAAAAUCAAUAAAAAGGCGUGGCCAGCAAAUCAAAGAGUUACUUCGUUAGAGCGCACUUGUCAAAAUAGCUCUGAGUUAAUUAUUUAGUCAACCAACUUUAAAAUAUAAAAAUAGCGAAAAACCAACAACUUUCACUACAUGAAAGACUUCUGAAUAAAAAAUUCAAAAAUGUUCCUAAAAGUUCAAGAAAUCAUCUUUUUUUUCAAAGCAUUCUAACGGAGUCUCCCUUAAAAAAGCCUCAAAAAGUAGGCGUGGCUAGCCAAUCUAAAAAGCCCUUUCAAGAUAGCUAUGAAUGAACUUUUCCGAUAUUUGACUGAAAAUUGAUGAUAUGAAGGGAUUACUUUUCUAUCGCCUCAAAUAAAAAGAUUAUUUUUUCAACAAAGCGGUGGAAAUUUUUUUUUCACAUCGCCAAAUCCCGAAAAAGGCCUUCAAACUGUGAAAAUGCGCUCUAACGAACUGAUCUUCAAAAAGAAUGGCCCGCCAAUCAUAAAUCUUUUCAUCACGUCUUCAGAAUAACAGUGGACAAACUAGAAAACUAAAAAAGAAAAAAAUAAUUUUCCGGACAAAGAAAAAUUAUCUCUGAAGCCCUAACCAACAGAACUUGAAUGGGUAGACCAGACAUCCAAAAAAAUUCAAAUGACGUCCGUUUCCAGCUAAUUUCACAAACAUCUUGAGAUCUUAAUGUCAUAUUUCGAGAUGGAAAAAGUGUUGUGAGGCGGAAAAAAACGCAUCAUUUUUCUGCAGAGUAGCAUUAAAAGUUAGUGAAGCCACUAGAAAAUUUAAAAAAAUUCAUGAUUAUUUGAACGAAGAUAGAAGAAACAAAAAAGUUUGAAAAAAAUGCUAGAGAAACUGUAAAAAGUUAAAAAUGAGGAAAACGUUUUUGUAGGCGGUGAAUUUUGUGAACGAUGCCUUUUUUGGAAACCAAAUGCGUAUAUAGUAGAAUUAGAAUUGACUUUUUUGAAAAACUAGCCUGAAAAUUCAAUUUUAACAGGCUUUUUCGAUAGUAAUUUGCAAAAAAGCUCAUUUUAAAUUAGUUUUGAAGCCUUUUUUGUAAACUGAAUGCAUUUUAGAGCCUAAUUUUAUAGAUCAGAAGACUGAAACUUCUUUGAAAAAAAAAAAAUGAAAAUAAGAAACCGCACUUAAUGGUAUGCCCAAUAAAAAGUCCCAUUGGAGAACCGACCGACUUUUCCAGCAUGCCAUUUUUAUAAGCGGUCGCAUUUUGUAAACGUCCGCACUUUAUGGUAUGCUCAAUAAAAAGUCCCAUAGAACUGUGCUAUCGAGUUAUUUUGCCCUUUUUUUCUAUAAAAACCUUUGAAAAAGUGAUCAGUGAUUAUUUUUCUCCGGGUAAGGAAGAAAUCGUUUUUCAAUCGGUUUCAUUUUCCAAGGUCCACCUACAACACAACUCUGAUCCGGUACACAACGAAGCUUCUCAACACGAUUCUACUAAAUCAGGACAAAAUGUUCCGUCCGCAAAAUCCAGGUUUCAAAGCAUUUUUGGAAGAAAAUGAGGAGUUUUUUGAAACUCAGAUAAUUCUCCAUUACAAGUCGAAGUCGACAUCAGCAUCCGAAGUAUGGGGCCGAUUUCGGAGCAGAAAAUGGUGAGAAUUUGAAAAAAAUGAGUAUAUAGCUAUUGAGGAACUUUCUUAUAAAAAUGCUUGAAGCUUUAGAAAUUUUAAACUAUCACUUUUUUGAAUUUGAUCUUUCAAAAUUCUGAAAAUCAGCUCGACUUUCAGUUUAUUGAGCUAAAUAAUCGAUUUUAUGGACAAUUCAAAGAAAAAAAUUGAAUAACUUUAAAAAAAUUAAUUAAUCACCAGUUUUUCAUUUUAAUUUUUCUUUAUUUUUUUCAAUAUAUUUAUUUUUUUAAUUUCAACAUCAGUACAACUAAAAUUUAAAGCUUCGAAUUAUCAAUAGAGCGCAGAAUACUUUAAAGCUCCUUGAACAAAUGUCAUUUUUAUGAGAAAAAUGUGACAAAUCUCAAAAAGCCUAGAAAAAGACUUCAUGGACAAGACUGAACCCUCAAAGAAAUUUAAAAUGGGUGAAAAAAGACACUAGAACGAUUAACUGAAUAAUUCAAGGGAAGAGAUUUUUUAGCUGAAAAAAAUUGCCUCAAUCUUUGAUUUCGCUUUCAAUUAUCCAUGGAGCAAACAAGUUCAGACUUAAUUGCUUUUAAAAGCUAAUUUUGAGAAGUAACUUCAAAUGAUGAUGAAUUCACACAAAACGUUUUAAAAGAAAAAUAACGUAACUUUUUUUUGUUGAAAAAAAAUCAUAAGACGAUUUUUUUUUUUGAAUACUUCAAUUAAAAACCUUGUUCAAAAGCCAAAACUCUAGAAAAAAUCUUUCUGACUUCUGAUGAUAACUAAAAUUAUCCAUAGAGCGAAUAAUUCCCUAUUUCCUGGAUUCCAGUGGCUUUUUUGAUAAUUAAACUUCGAUAUCAAGUAUUUUACGUUUUGAAAAUCUCGAACAAGAGGAUCAACGUUUUUCGUAUCAACUAUCAUUUGAAAUGUUGUUGAUCCCAAAAAAGCAAAAGUUUCUCAAUCCCCGGAAAUCUUCCGUAGUAAUAACCCAAAAAAGAUCAAAAAGAGGAAGUUGGCUUGGAAGCCAGGAGCAAAAUGUAGUGCUCCGUGGGAAAAAGAGCACAUUUCUUCUUGAUGUGAAGGCUAUAAAGCGGUCAGACGUUUGAGAGCCACCUCAACUGCUUCAACGAAUAAAAAAAAACAACAUGGCCGAUGGCUUGGGCUUUUGACGAAUUUUCCUCAGGGUUCAACAUGAGGACUAGUCGUUGUGCGAUAAAAAAAAUAGCUACGAAAAGCUGGAUUUUGCGAUCCACGGUAGAUGUAAAAAAUUGAGAUCCUAUCAUCUUUAUCAGUUUUAAAAUCAAAGUUUUGAGAUUAACUAUCAAAUAAAAAAUGUAUAACGGUUCAAAUUGUCCAUUUCAAUUGAAAAAUACUAUUGUCGAGCUUCCCUGUGGAUCAAGUUCAAAAAUAGCCGCGAUAAGCUUGAUUUUUGCGCUCCAUGGAAAAGUUUUGUUUUCCGUGUUUUUCAGUUUAAAAUCGAAUUUUUCGUCAAAUAAAAAGUGCACAAUGAACCAAAUUGACGAUGGAGCGCAAAAGUUUUAUUUUUUCAUUUUUCGGGGCUUUUUUUUUCAAUUGCCCAGCUCUGAACUGAGUUAAAAACUUUUGAUUUUAUCACCAUGAAAAACAAAAAAAAGUAGACUUAAAUAGAAAUUUUUGAUUUCUUUGGCUAACCAAAUCGUUCAAAUUGCCGCCAUAACUUUUUUUCAAUUUAAAAAUUUCCUGCCUUAUUACCCGUUAAGCCUGGGAUUUGAUACUGCAAAAGGUGGCCUCUAAAUGAAAAUUUUUUCUGGGCUAUCCGGCCAAACAAAGCUUGUUUAAGUUAUCCAUAGAGCGCAGGAUAUUCUACUUCUACGGCUAUUUCGUAAUUUUCCAGUACAUCUUUCAUUUUUUUUUUCAACCAUCAGAUCGAAAAAGAUUAUCCGGAAAAGACAGGAAAAGUCGUGCCAUUGGAAAAUGUUCAAAUUGCCGCUUUUUUGUUUUAUUCGGAGGCCUGCAGCCAAUUAAGCUUGAGCCCCCACGAACCGAAGGACCACAGUCGUAAACAUUCCGUCAGCAAGUCUCUUCUUCUUUUUCUUUUUAGUGGAAAAGUUGAUGAAUCGGCCAAUGGAUAUGAAUAUUCUCUGGGGGGACAUUUUGUCUAUUUUUUCAAGUCUAGAUGGGUGAGCUUAUUCUUUUUAGGAAAAAAAACCUUUUUCUUUUAUUUUUUGAAAUUGUUCUGGUCUUUUCUGUUUAUAAAAUGUUGCUGGGAAUUUUAAAGGAUCAUAUGCAAAUUUUAUGAAGGUCUCGACACGAAAAACCGUUUUCACUGUUCUUUUAGGACACGCAAAGUUUUUCGCUCCUUCAAAAAUCUGAGCAAAGGUUUAUGGACGAAAUAUGUUGAAAAAAUGGUCAUUUUUCAAUUUUCCCUCAUCUAAAACCGUUCCAAACUUUAAAAAUAAAUCAUUGAAUUCAAAAAGUGAGAAAAAAAGAAAUUUGAAAAAAAUUUACUGGAGCCUUAUGAAAAACGAAUAUACAAAGAGAAGCUCCCAAAUAGAUUGGUAAGUUUAAAAAAACAUUAGAAACAAAAAAAUUAAUAAUUUCCCUUUUUUUAAUUUCAAAUGUUUCUAUUUUUCUUCAUGAAAAAGGAUCCUUGAUUUUUUUCCCAGAACAGCAGUUAAAAAGCUCAAAAAAACAUCGAAAAAAACGAAAAUAUCUUAAAUCGUAUCAGGAAUUCUCGCUGGACUGCUAUUUCCGUCAAAAAAAUGGUUCGAUCGUCGGCUUUCUUUUUACUCCAAUCAACCCAUCAAAAACCGAGAUCCCACUGGCCAGCAAGAUGCUCAAAGACAUUUGGGUAGGAUUUUCAAGAACUUUAUCAUUUAUCCCCCUUAAUUCCAAGUUUUGGAAGAAAUUGAGAUGAAAAACAGCAAGAAUUUUUUUUUCAGCUGUUUAUUUUAGUGCUAUAAAAUUUCACAAUACGAUUUCCAAUUGGAAAAUCAAAUCUCCUUGUAGUUUUUAGGUGGUAUGAAAAAAACACCGGCGAAAAUUCGAACGGCGACUUUUCCGAUUUUUUCAUAUCGCUAGGGAACUUUCCGACGAAUCUUUUUCCGACUUUUUUUUCUCGAUAAAAUCUUCGUUUUACAUCUUCCUAUAUAAAGUAGGUAGUUUGUUCAUAAUUAAAACCCAAAGAAAUAGGAAAAAAAUGUUCAUAGAUGUUUUAUAAACCGAAAAGCAUAAGGGAAAAAAGUCGGAAAAAGUUUCGUCGGAAAGGUGGCCGUCGGAAAGUUCCCUAGCGAAAUGAAAAAAUCGGAAAAGUCGCCGUUUGAAUUUUCGCUGGUGUUUUUUUCAUACCACCAGUUCUUACCCAACCAAAGCGAUUUUUCACCAAGAAAAGCUCACUUUUUAUUCUAAAUCCUAUAAAAUUAUGCGGUAAAGACAAUGGAUGAAUCCGAAAAUAUUACAACACUUCUGAACAGUGAGCAAAACUAUAGAAUUUUGAAAAUUUUCAGACAGGGAAUCAUUGGAAAGCCUGGUAUAGUGGAAUGUGAAUAAAAAUUAUCAGAAAACGACUUUUAAUGGAAUUCGGAAAAUCACCAGGAAACACAAACUUCCACAAAUAUUUUUGCGAAAUUCCAGGUCCCAGACACCUACAUCAGAAACGGCCGUCAAUCCUAUCUACACACUCUGACCGUUCCGAAUAUCCUAUUUCGAGUGAGAUCCGAUGGACAAGUUCACGUUUCUCAGAGGUUACUUAUGAUCCGUUUUUUCGGCUUAACAUGGUAUGUGCGAAGCGGUCGCGUCGCAUUUUCGGCGCCAAAUUCAAAAAUUAUCGCUUUUUAAAACUCUUUUGUGGAGGUCUAUCUUAAUUCAUCUGAUGAAAAAACCCCUCUUUGUAAAGUAUUUUAUUUUGAUAACCUGAAACUUUAGAAAAAAUAUAAAACAACUAUUGAAAAAAAAUGUCCAAUUGAAGUCGGAUCAUUGGAAAAAAUAAAACUUCUAUCGAUUUUUAUUGGCGCCAUGAACACUGUAAAAGUGACAUUCUGCCAUUUCGCCGGGAAAAAUCGAGAAUUUAUCCAAAAAAAAAAACUUCAGAUUAACGAUCCGCUCAAGGUGUCCCAUGUUCUUGCGUAAAUUCCCGAUGGAUAUUCAGGUUUUUCUGGUCAGAAUUUGAACCAAAAAGAGAAGAAUAAUCACAGGCAUGUCCAAUCGAAGUCGGAUCAUUGGGUUACUAUACAAACGACGUGAUUUACAAGUGGAAAGACGUCGAAAUGGACGCGAAAAUGGGCAAUAUGCUCAGUCAGUACAAGGUUUGCAUUGGAAGGAAGGGGAUUGAAAUCAGCUGAAAGUUUGAAAAAAAAAAUUUGAGCACUUUAUCGAGUCUUGGUGGAAAAAAUAUGAUUUCAAGACACUCAAAUUUUUUUAAAAAGCUCAAAUUUAUCAUUAGAUACCUUUUAAGAGGUCACUCAAGGGUUUAUAAUGAUAAUAUUCCAAUUUAAAAAAAUUAUAAAUCAAAAUCAGACCUUCGGAAGAUAACUUAUAAGCUUCAAAAACUCUAGAAACUGCUAAGGAAACUUAACACGCUGUCUCCGUUAUUCUCAAAAACAACGGGUACAAUAAAAAAAAUAUUUUUUGAUUUCGACAAAACUUCAUCCAGUGUGAUAACCCAUCAUCAGAAAUGCGGACCCAACUUUUUGAGCCAUUUCCUCUUACUGUAGCCGGGUUACGGUAGGCAGGUUGGCACCUGCGUAUCUCAGUAUUUAUGAGUUUUUUUAUUAGGCAAGUGAUAUAUCAAUCGAUAGGUAAUUCAAUUUUUGGGAACUUUUUACAGUACAUACCAUCAUGGGUUACGGUGGGAAAAAAAUUUUUGAGUUACGGUACUUUUUUUGUGUCCGCCGAGUCAGUUUUUUUCGACCACCAUGAGCUUGAGCCGGGAGAUCCAUUCUUCCUAACUUCUUAAAAAGAUACCUUAUGAGAAGCUGUACAAGCUGUUACUAGUUUGAAAAAAAUCCUAGGUGGACCAUCAUUUCGAAAAAAAUCGCCUCGAAGGCGCGCAAUCGUGGUCUUGCGGCGGCCAAGUGGGUGAAGUCCAUGAUGCCUGACGGCUCAUUCUUCAGAGAUCCAUUCCAAUCUUUGUUUCCAUUUCAUUAAUAGACAUCUAUUAUUGAUUUUUUUAUUUCAAUUUGAGAUGUUUUUCGGGUUGACCAUCAUCUCGAAAUUUCAUUUUGAACCCAAAUUUGGCCUAAAAUGGCCGACCUCGGCCUUUUUCACGGGAUCCCUGACCCCGUAUGUGACCGUUCUCAACUUUUUUUCUUUCUUAAACAUGAACAAGAGUGUCUGAACAACAGUUUUAUAACAAUCGGAACCCCUUUUUGAGAGGACCAUCAUCUCGAAAUAUCGAUUUGAACCCAAAUAUCGGCUUAGUUUCCCCAUUUGAAGUUUUUAUCAUUUACAUCGAAAUCUAUUCUGCCAAUUUAUUUUCAAAACAGCUAAUCAAAAAUGAGAAAUGUGAAAUACCAAGAAAUUUUUUUCAUAAAAGAGAAAACUCGUCUUUCUGACUACCGGUGAGGUUGAAACUUAACUUUCAAGGUGAUUUUUUUAAAAAAAUGUUUUUUUAUUAUAACCUAAAUAGUAGUUCUAAAUCUUCAAAAUUUUUCAUACCUAAAAAACAAGACAUUCGUCUUGUGACUAUUUUUGUAAAAAAUAACCAAAAAAAAUAUUUCGAUUUUCAAGCAAAAUUUUAUUUGAAAGUGGGUUUCCUAGGUAAACGGUCAUUUUGGAAUUGGUCCAAAAUAAAUUUUAUUUUCAGUUCUCAUCUUUAUAUUCUCAUCAAAAAGUUAAAAGGGCCAAGAUCUGUAUUGAGAGAACCAAUAAUUUCAUUGGAAGGGUAAACCAAAAGUUUUCAAGCCAAAUUCAUGUUAAAAUCGAUAUUUCGAGAUGAUGGUCCUCUCAAAAGGGGUUCCGAUUGUUAUAAAACUGUUGUUCAGACACUCUUGUUCAUGUUUAAGAAAGAAAAAAGUUGAGAACGGUCACAUACGGGGUCAGGGAUCCCGUGAAAAAGGCCGAGUCGGCCAUUUUAGGCCAAAUUUGGGUUCAAAAUGAAAUUUCGAGAUGAUGGUCAACCCGAAAACAUCUCAAAUUGAAAUAAAAAUCAAUAAUAGAUGUCUAUUAAUGAAAUGGAAACAAAGAUUGGAAUGGAUCUCUGAAGAAUGAGCCGUCAGGCAUCAUGGACUUCACCCACUUGGCCGCCGCAAGACCACGAUUGCGCGCCUUCGAGGCGAUUUUUCGAAAUGAUGGUCCACCUAGGAUUUUUUCAAACUAGUAACAGCUUGUACAGCUUCUCAUAAGGUAUCUUUUAAGAAGUUAGGAAGAAUGGAUCUCCCUGGCUCAAGCUCAUGGUGGUCGAAAAAAACUGACUCGGCGGACACAAAAAAAGUACCGUAACUCAAAAAUUUUUCCCACCGUAACCCAUGAUGGUAUGUACUGUAAAAGUUCCCAAAAUUGAAUUACCUAUCGAUUGAUAUAUCACUUGCCUAAUAAAAACUCAUAAAUACUGAGAUACGCAGGUGCCCACCUGCCUACCGUAACCCGGCUACAGUAAGAGGAAAUGGCUCAAAAAGUUGGGUCCGCAUUUCUGAUGAUGGGUUAUCACACUGGAUGAAGUUUUGUCGAAAUCAAAAAACAUUUUUUUUAUUGUACCCGUUGCUUUUAGAAAUUUUUGAGAAUAACGGAGACAGCGUGUUAAGCGACCACUUGAGGGAUUUUCCUGCUUCAUGGUCCUACAAGAGCUCUUGAAGUGGUUCCUUAAGCAAUCACGCAGCUGUUGAAAAAUUACUCUUCAUCUUCAAAAUAUAUUUCUUAAAAAGUGAAGGGACCACUUAAGGGUUAUUUUUCCCAUCAAAAAGAUCAGCUCUGUCAAAGACAGAUUGAGUGAUCACUUAAGCGGUAAUUUGGAGCCUUCGAAGCUUGAUUAAAAUUGAAGUGUUCCCUUAAGUUUUUUUCUUUUUUUUAAAGAAGACUCUUCUUGAUACCAGGGAAACUUUAACGGUCCCUUAGUCACAAAGAAACACUUCGCAGUUUCAAAAGCAUUGUUAAAUGAAACCGAAGGCAAUACUGUUAUUUCUUCUGUCAGUGAUUGAUUCAAAGUGAUUUCGAAAAAAUCGAAAAAGUGACCACUAGAGCAUAUUUAAUACCGCUCUAGCGGAGAAGACUCUUGACAUCAGAACAAGAUCGAAAAAUGCCUCAGGAUCAUGACAUUUUUUAAAUAAAUUCACGCAGAAAAAUCGUAAUAGCAAUCUGAGAAUAUUUCUAUGAAAUAAUGAAAUUUCAGGUCCUCAGCCUGUCCAAAUCCGAGCUCAACAUCUCAGAUCUCCGGUUUCCCGAAAGAGGUUAUAACUCCUUUUUUGCUACCAAAUAGUCGUGUUUGGAUAGAAUUCCGAAAUUUUUUUGUCUUUCACGAUUUUUCCAGGAGCAAAAAACUGAGAAAAAAACUUUAGAAAGCUUAGCGCAGGGCGUAAGUCGCAGGGGGUCGGGCGCGCUGAAAAAUUAAUUCUCAACAGUCUUUUUUGAUUGAUUGAUAUUUCAAAUGAACAGACCAUAGCUAAAUUCAACAAAAUCCCCAGGUAGUGCAGAUUUUUACGUUUUUGAAUGGAGCUAUUAUAAAAAUGGCCAUAUUUUUGAAUUUUGAAUAUUUAAAAGUGAAAAUUUUUCAGGAAACUUUCUCGAUUUCUAAAGAUUAUAAGACAUUAAGGAAAUAAUAAGGGCAUUUUUCUUCGUUUUUGAACAAAAAUCAUCUGAAUUGUAGUAAGUAGGAAUAAACUAUGCCUAAACUUAAAAAAUCCCUUUAAAUUUCUCAUCAUCCAUUUUUAGAAGCGGAAAGUUGCCAUGAAACCAAUCUAACCCUUCUUCAAUCAAAUUAGAGAUCAUACUAAAUAACCAGUAACUAUACUCAAAAACCUCAACAUUUUCAGAAGCCUCAGUCCUGAAAGUCUACUUCAAACUCCAACGUCAGCAAGGCUACUACGUCCUCCAAAUCUACACUCCCUGCUCUCUUUUGGUCGUCAUGUCCUGGGUCUCUUUCUGGAUCAACAAGGAGGCCUCGCCGGCGAGAGUAGCUUUGGGUCGGUUGCAGUUUAUUGGAGAUCACAGUUUCAAGCUUGUUCCUUAUUCACACCAACUUAUACUUUCUUGUUCCGCUAUGCAAUAUUUUUUUGUGUCUUGGUGUCCAUUAUUCACGAAUGAGAGUCUGUUUUCUCUGUGCCUCUCGUGUUCACGGGCUAUUUUUCACGUUUAUAUGACCGACGAGGGAAAAAAGAGCGCAGAGAGGUCAGAGUCGUGGCGAUUAACGGUUAUUUUCAAGUACUCUGACCUUGGUUUUGAAAAAUUAUCGCCAUUAAACUUCACUUUUAAUCUCUGGUCGCACCUGGAAUGGCUCAAAAAAAACCAUUUUGAUAACUAAUAGUUUCUAACACGUAAUCGCGCAAGUCGUUUCAAGUCGGGCGCAUUUCAAAGCAAGCAUUUGAGCCCUUCCACCCGAAAUUUGAUCAAAAGAAGCUUUUUUUUUCAAAUUAUGAAUGAAUAUUGAGGAAGAAACAUGACAUUACCUACGAAAUUUCCAGGAAUCAUGACGGUUCUCUCGAUGUCGACCCUCGGAUUCGGCCUUCGGACGGAUCUACCCAAAGUCUCGCAUUCGACCGCCUUGGACAUCUACAUUCUGUAAGCCCAGAAGAUCAUCUACAUCUUCAUCUUCAAAAAAACCUUCCAGGAGCUGUUUUGGAUUCGUUUUCGCGGCGAUGGUCGAGUACGCCGUGAUAAACUACGCCCAAAUCGUUUAUAUCCGGAAACAAGUCGAGGAUUUGAAAGGCCUCGAGCAGAAUAAUGCGGUAUUUUUGAACUUGAAGCUCACAAGCUUUUGAAAGAAGCUUCAAAUAAUUGAUAGAUGGGAAAUUUCAAAAAGAUGUAAAAACUCAAAAUAGGACGCUUCUGAAGGGCGAUUUAUCGUGAAGAUUUGUGAAGAAAUUAUUAUUUUAAAAAGCGAAUUUGAUAAAAUCACUUAAACAGGGACUCUGCCUUCCGAAGGGGUCUCAAAAUAGAUUUACGUUCAAAUCGGGGUAUUUAUAACUGUUUCAAAACAGUAGAAUUAUUGUAAGCAUUAUUUUUUUACAACAAUCUUCUAAACAGGCCUUGCUUCACAAAUUUUCGCUUGCGAAUGCAUUUUUUUGAGACUUUUGUACUUUUUUUAAUAUUCUAAUCCCAGACUUUGUUCUGAAUAAAUUUUUUUCUCAGUUUUUUUAAAAUUCUUAACGUUUCUUUCCAGCCUCAAAAAAAGAAACAAAAAAAAUGAGCCGUUUUUUUCGAACGCGCCCCGGGCGUUUCUGACCAUUUCAAGUGAUCCCUUAAGAGCUCUGGCGUCACUAAAGUUGUCCCUAGGAAUGCUCAGAAACGUCCGGUUUCCGUUACAGAAGUCCAAGGAGUGUAUAGACGAUUCACGGCUAGCUUGGGACGCAAAAAAGGUGUGGCCUGUCUGCUCUCUCUCCACCAACCAGGGCACUGUCUCGUCUCUUUUCGUGGCAGGACCCUUUUCUCGAUGGCUCAAGCCAGCCGUGAAUCAGCUAUAUAGCCAAUCAGAAACCUUGUUCGAUAGAGCAAACUUGCAACUUCAAAUUAUUUUUUUGACAUUUGCAGAUGGGACAAAUGAGAAUGUUCACCGCCGGGUUGAUGGGUGCUCGAAGGCCUACAGUUCAGGUUAACUUUCUAGAAAAAACUAUAGCUUAAUGAAAAAAAAAGUUAAGGUUGACGACCAGGCGGUUGAAGCCGAGGAAGCUCGUCUCAAAGCGAUCCCCUGGUACAAGAAGUUGUUCCAGAAGGAUCAGAAUAGCAAUUCAUCAGGUCUUUUUUUGGAGAAGGAAUAUUUUUUGAAAGAUGAAGGGGGUUAUUUUGAGAUCUAUUGCUCACAAAAAAGGUGGUUAAGUGACGUCAUAAGUCAGGCUCAGCUCAAAUGACUCCAUUGAAUCAAGAAAUUUGAAAAAAAUGACGUCAUGAUGUCUCUUUCCAGUUAUAGUCUGUUCAGAUUUUGAAUGUCAAGUGCCAUUGUGUCAAGUGCCACGUCAUUCAAAAACACUCUGUAGAUGCCUCGCUCUCUGAUUGGUUUAUCGCGCCGUUAGGGGCGGAGCUUUAGCGAGGACUUGACAUUUGAAAUCUGAACAGACUAUAUUUUAAAUCAAAAACUUAGCGAUGACGUCAUGAAUUAUCAAAAGGAAGUUGGGCGCAAAUAAAAUGACGUCAUAUCAUUUUCUCUGCAUAUCUAAUUCUCCUACUUUCAAACACUCUCUAACCAAGCAAAACGACGUCACCAAAACUUUCAGUAUUCUACCGGAUGGCCGUAAAGGCAGCGAUCGCCAAGAAAAAGCUCAAAAUGCGGGAUCCGGCGAAGGUUUUUUCGUCUUGAAUUUCUAAUAAAUUGAACCAUUUUAAGGUAGUGAACCGAAUCGACAACGUCUCAAAAAUCAUUUUUCCUUCAUUGUACAUUCUAUUCAACGUCGUCUACUGGAUCGCGUUUCUUUAUUGGAUUCCAGAUGAGAUUGAUCAACUACCGUUCAUUUCAGGCAGUUGA